GCCGCUGUGCCUUACUUUCUGUUGCCAGUCUACUCCUCUUAACGUCUUCACUUCUACAAAAACACACUGGCAUCUGAAGAGUUUUGCUCUUGGGACGCAGCAUCCUGUGUGCUAAAAGCAGCGAUGACAAGCGGCUUGAUUGUGCGCAUUGGUGGACACACCUUAUUGGCAUGAGCCGCCCGCGUACCUGGCGUGGGAUGCAACGAGUUUGCGCAUCUUCACUGCCUACGUUGCGCUAACUCGUACAAGCCGUGUCCUUCGCAGUGCAUUGUCCUCUCGUAUCGACGUGGCUAGUUCAGUGACUUUGAGGAGCAUACUGAACGACAUUUUGGCUUCAUACUUUUUUUAUUUUUGUGAUAACGACCUGCAGUGCUUCUUGCCAAGGCCAGCACAGGCUAGAUAAAUGACAGGUGCAAGACUGUUCUUAUGGAUCCUGAGACUUAGCAAGACCCACAAUUGUCCAACCAAAGACGUGGGCACUGAUUUGUCUGCACUCACAGGAAGGUGAUGGUGGCUUCUCCUUUUGUGCCACUUAAAAGCAUGUCUAACACUCACUUCCUUGGACGACAACAUCCUCAUUCUCAAGUAUACAACCUCACUCCUGUAAAUGAGCUGCUAUGUAUGAAUGGUACUCCAUGGAUCUUCUAUGUCUUGGAAGAGUGUGUGGAAACUGUAUGGGAAUAUUACAGUAUCAUCAUAGGACUGAUAUCUAUGGCCUGCUUCCUUCUUGCCAUAUUACCUCAGCUGUAUGAGUCCUAUCGAAAUGGAAGAGCAGAUGAGGCCCUUUCCCAGGGAUUUUUAUUGUGCUUAUUAGGUGGUGACCUUAACAAUUUUGCUGGUUGCUACUUAACUAAUCAGUUGCCAAUCCAGCUGGUUACAGCAAUAUCUUAUGUCUGCAUGGAUAUAAUUAUGAUCUCACAGUUCCUUUAUUAUAAGCUUCAGAAUCAGAAGUCCCAAAAAUCUUCUAUUUUGCAGUGGGUUUGUUUCUUUUGGGUUGCCUCUUGUGUAAUGGUAGCUGUGCUGUUAUCUGAACUGCUGCUGAAACUGCAAAUUACCAAUAAUUUAAAUACACAGAUGCACUCAAUUGAUCUGAUGAAAAUCUUUGGAUAUGUUUGUGGCUAUAUAUCCAGCAUAUUCUACCUUGGCUCACGUUUUCCACAGUUAUAUAAAAAUUUUAAAAGAAAAUCUACAGAAGGUACAUCUUACUAUUUAUUUGCACUAGCCAUGAUGGGCAAUGGCACUUAUGGGCUGAGUUUGGUGGUAAAACUGCCAGGUCUGAAGGAGCCAACACACAUCUUCAUAACUAAACAUUUGGCUUGGCUUAUUGGCAGCUUUGGAGUAUUGUUUCUUGACUUUUUUAUGACUGCACAGUUUGUUCUGUACCGUAACCAUAAGAACACUGGACUAAAUUUGGUGGCACUGGAAAAAGUUCCUGAAGUGCAGCCCCUUCUUUGUGAUGAAGACACUGUUUAAAAAUGUGAACUUAUUCCUCUUAUUGUUCUUUUUAUUUUAUUACAGUCUAGCUAAUUUAAGUGUAACUACUUUUUUGUCUCUUGGUAUAUUUUAAUUUUCCUUGCAUCCAUGUCUAUAUAAUUUCCAUUGCUUACUUUGAAUAUUUUGAAACUUGAAAUAUAUAAUUAGUGCAAAUUUCUUUACAAUUUGGUUAUUUUCAUUCUUUAUUUUGAAAACAUUUUGAAAAUUUAUUUAAUAUUUAAAAUGAAAUAUCAAAGCUAGAUUAUUUGUAUGACAUUUGUAUAAUUUUUGACCUUUCAAGCUUGUAAAUGAAAAUAACAGGCCCCAUCAGUUCAGUUGGUCAUAUUAACUAAGAUUUCAAGGUUGUUAUUUACCUUAGAAUUGUAACAUGCUAUUGCACAGUUCUGGAACUCACUUCAGAGAAUUCAAUAGCGCAUUGUCUGCCUAUAUAUUUUUUUUAAACAUAUCGGUUAUAAUUAAAAGAGAAAUUGCUUUGUUACAGAUUGUAUGGACUUCGUAAAUAAAUGAAACAAUAUAUAUUUUUGAAAAUACAAACUAUUUUUUCUUUUAAAAUUUGAACUUCCUAGUUUUUUCUACAAUUUGUCUGCAUUUCGGCAUAUCUACUCUAGACUGUGAGCAGGUAAAUGAUAGAAAUGUUUCAUUGUGUCUGGAAGAACUUCUUUAACUAAGCCAUACUUUUUUUUAAAUGCACUUAAAUUUUGUAUUUUUGAGAAUACAAAGUCUUAUUUUAAUAAACUGUACAGAAAAUACUCUAAUUCUGUUUGCACAAGAAAAUAAAGUACAUUAAUAAGGCAGUUAAAUGCUCUAUUUAAAUAUAGCAUUUUGCAAAUGUGCAGUUUCAUAAUAAUAUUUUCUAAAUAAUAUUUUCUGGUAUUCGUGAAUAUUUUCCCUAUGAAAUGUAGUAGACGUUCUAUUGAUUAUUAAUUAACAUCAGAGUUUUUGGGGUAUUGUUGAGCUUUAGAUCAAAGCCUCUGGAAAUUUCUUUUUCCCUUUUUCUUAAAUAUACAAAUUGUUUAUAAAGUAAACAAAAUCCUUGUUGCUAAAUAUGUCAUUGUUAGAUGAUAUAGUAGUACUGUUAUUGUUAAAAGCAAAACUAUGUUUCAUUUAGGAAAUUAAAGAUGGUACCUUUGACUGUAACCAUCAAUCUAUGUGAUGUUUUACUAUCAAACCUAGGUAUGUUAUUUACUAAAUAAUAAUAUAGAAUUGCUGUGUACAUUUACAUCAUGUUUACUGUAGAUGUUGUCUUCCUGCCAUAAAUAACUUUGCACAGCUAAAUGUGCUGACUAAUUUUGCAAAUGUUGGACCACUUUUGAAUUAUGUUGCAGCAAUUUUAAAGUAUGUGGUUGUUGGUGAUAUAAAAUUGUGCACAGCGUCCAUGCCAUUGGUGUGGUUUUUUAACUUAACAAUUUUACUAAAUGCCAGAUUAUGCUAAUUUUAAUGUAUUUUAAAAUGUCUAUUUGGGGGAACUAAGAAUGUAAAAAUUACUUUUAAAAAUAUAUUCCUAGUUUACUUUUUUGUAAAUAAAUAUAAA